AUGGCACAGAAUUUGGGCUUUGCGCGUAGUGGCACUAGCUCCUGGGCCGAUGAUGACGAUACGGACUUGCCGCCACUUCCAGUGGCCCCCAAGAUUCCUUCAACAGAAACGCUGCAGCAGCCCAUUAAGGGGGAGGAAGAAAGCCAUCCCCCGGAACGUCAACGCGAUGAGCCACGUCGUAGUCCCUAUCAUGAAGAUAAACGUGAUGGCCGUCGAGGAGGCUAUGGAGAUCGUCGGGGAGGACACGACGACCGGCGCGGGUCACACGAAGACCGUCAUGGGUCUCGUGAGCAACGUGAGGAGCGUCCAAAGAACCCCGUGCCAGAUGUCGGUCCAUGGAAGCUUUUCGUGGGCAACUUGUCAUUCCGUCUGACAGAGGACGACCUGGCGGACUUUAUAGGACCGGACGGUAUCAGGGACAUUCGUUUCCCGCGUGACUAUGAGAAUCGUCCCAAGGGCUUUGCUUACGUGGAGCUUGAAGACAAGGAGAAGCUCCUACAGGCUCUGGAGUUGGAUGGACGUAACCUUGAUGGCCGCUCUGUUAAGAUGGACGUGGCGCUGGUCCGCGAACGUGACCGUAAGCCGCGCGAUAACGGCAGGUUCGAAAAGCGCAAUGACCGUCCGUCGGACGAUCGCCCUCGUGAGGGCAACGAUGCUCGUCGAGAACGCCCACGUCUGUCGCUUUUGCCACGCACCGCUUCUCCAGAAAAGAAGGAUCUGGAUACACACAUGCCUAGCAUUUUUGGCGAGGCGAAACCACGCGAUGAAAGCGCUUAUCUGGAACGUAAGAAGGCUUCUGAAAUUGAGCGCAAGGCAAAGAUGAAAGAGACGAAAGCAAAGGCGAAGGAAGCUAGAGAAGCCAAAGAAGCCAAGGCCAAGGCUAAGGCUGACUCUACGACUGACGCUCAGGCUGUCGUGUCGACGCGCAAGAGCAGUCGUGAUGAUACUUCCCGUGGUGGUCGUGGUCGCGGCCGUGGCGGCCGUCGCUCCGUUGACGGCGGUGGUGGUCGUGGCCCUCCCGCAAAGGAGGAUGCUUCGGCACGGAAGUCGGGACCUCGUCCGAAGCGUAUGGAGCCUCUCAAGACCAAGACCUCGGCGCCGGCACCGGCGAAAAUAGCCAAUGUAUUUGACUUACUGAAUGACUCCGACUCGGAUUCGGAUUAG